AAAUUUCCUGGAACAACACAAACCCCAGCCCACGCCGCGACAAACCUAGCGCCAUUACUCCGCGCGGCGUGCGUCUCCAAUCAAUUGAAGAAAUCCAACCCCCUCAAGCAACGUAACUUAGCUACUACUGACACUGGUUAACCUUUGUUUUGUUUUGGAGCCUUCCUUUAUUUCUCUAUCCUGUGGUGGAGUGUUGCAAGGAUUCAGGAAGAUUUAGUGCCAGCCAAUAUCCAAUUUCGUGUUUCCACUUCAUGCUACUGCUGAAUUGACUGCUUCUCUCUGUACGUUGGAAGCUUGAGAGAUUGGCUUCGCGGUUCGGUUCUCCACUGAGCAGAGGAUGGAAAUUAUUCACUGUCAUGGUGCACACCGCAGUUAUGUUAUAAAUUUUCGAGGCGUAAACAGCUCUAAACAAUGUCGAUCAAAGCUUCCUAUUGAAAGGGAAAGAAUUUUUUGUCCUGUAAUAAUUGGUUUGACGUCCUCACAAAAUUUUUAUCUGAAUCGUGGAAAAUUAAAGAGACUUGGCCUCAGCAAACCUUCUUCGGUGGUUUGCACUAUUGAGAGAUACGAACACGUUAAUUCAGGUGUCUUGGAUGAAACGUAUGAAUCCUAUGUACUUGAUAGGGAACAGGGCGUGCGUGGUGUGCCCAGUAGUGGUACCAUACCGAGGGUUUCGAUUCCUAGUUUGCCAGAUGAAAACAAUGGCAAUAACGCAGCUCAGAUAACAAGUUGGUUCUGGGAAUGGCGUCCGAAACUGAAGGUUCAUUAUGAGAUAUCAGGAUCAGAUAACGUGGAUUCCCCGCCGAUUCUCUUGCUUCCGGGCUUUGGUGUAGGCUCGUUUCAUUACAAGAAACAGCUGAAAGAUCUUGGUCGUGAUCAUAGAGUGUGGGCACUCGAUUUUCUUGGUCAAGGGUUGUCCUUGCCUUAUGAAGAUCCUACAUUACAGUCUAAAGAUGGACAGAAUGGUACUUGGGGUUUCGGAGACGAAAGUGAAACAUGGGCAGAAGAGCUUGUUUAUUCUGCUGACUUGUGGAAGGAUCAAAUUCACUACUUUGUGGAAGAGGUGAUAAAGGAACCUGUUUACCUUGUGGGAAAUUCUCUCGGAGGGUUCAUGGCACUGUAUUGUGCUGCUUGCUAUCCUCACUUGGUGAAAGGCAUUACUUUGCUUAACGCAACUCCCUUUUGGGCGUUCCUCCCUAAUCCUAUACGAUCUCCAAGAUUGUCGAGACUCUUUCCUUGGGCUGGGACUUUUCCUCUCCCUUCCGGAGUUAGAAAGCUUAUAGGAGUUCUAUGGCAGAAGAUUAGUGACCCAAGAAGUAUUGCAGAUAUACUCAAACAAGUGUAUGCGGAUCACUCAACGAAUGUAGAUGAUGUGUUUUCUCGUAUAGUCGAGACUACACAACACCCUGCCGCUGCUGCAUCUUUUGCUUCGAUCAUGUUUGCCCCCCGGGGAGAGUUGUCCUUAAAGGAAGCUUUAUGCAAGUGUCAAAUGAACAACAUACCCAUUUGUCUCAUGUACGGGAAGGAAGAUCCUUGGGUGCUGCCCAUCUUCGGUUUGCAGGUGAAACGUCAAGCCCGGGAUGCUCCUUAUUACGAGAUCAGCCCUGCGGGUCACUGCCCCCACGACGAAGUUCCUGAGGUGGUGAACUUUCUUGUGCGUGGUUGGAUUAAAAACGUGGAGACUGGCGGCUCUGCUGCGCUGCCCCUGCUCGACGGCGAGCCUGCAAAUACGCUCGUCACAAAGGAUUUAGAAUUUUCGAGAAGGGGAAGAAGAAAAUCAGUGAGGGUGCAGUUCCACGGAUCAGAAUUCUCUGCGUGGGAUUUGGUUCGGCUCUCGCUCAAACCUCUGAUCAACAGAAUGGCUGCUGGAUGAUCUGAUCAACACCAGGUAACAUACACUGCUGCAGUUAAUUAUAUAUGAUGCCAUUGCUGUAGAAAGACACUAGUGCGAAAACACACCCACACACACAUGUUGUAUACAUAUAAAUUGGACUCCUAUAGGCGGCGCUACAAUGCUGAACUUUAAAUUUAGCAUAUUACUUCAAACAACACACUGUAUAUAUUAAUAUAAUACAAAUACUGUACCUGAACAAAACACAUAUGUGAUAGUCUCAACAUCAAACAAUAUUAUUACAGACAACA